CUUGAACCUUCAUGCUACCCAACAUCUGUCGCCAGUCUUUUUCUUUGAUCCACCGCGUCGCUUCUCCCUCGUGUUGUCGUUCUUCACGCAGAAUGACGACCUUCACUCACAACGACGCUUGCUCGAGGCUCCGCCCGGGGGAUUUAAAGGUGGGCGAGAAACGGUCCAAGCGUGCAGAGGGCGAAUAUGCGGCUGAUGCUCGCUUAAAGGACAAGAUUUUAUUAUGGAAGGGAGACAUUACGACGAUCGAAGUUGAUGCGAUUGUAAAUGCAGCAAACAAAUCAUUGCUGGGAGGUGGAGGAGUGGACGGAGCAAUUCACCGUGCAGCAGGGCGAGGGCUCCUCCGCGAGUGCCGAACACUCGGCGGAUGCAAGACUGGAGACGCGAAAAUUACUGCCGGUUACGAUCUCCCAGCACGACAUGUUAUCCACACAGUUGGUCCAAUCGGCGAAAAUAGUGCCGCUCUAGCAAGCUGCUAUAAGAGAUGCUUGGAGGUUCUGGUGGAGAAUGGCUUGAGAACUAUUGUCUUCCCUUGCAUAUCAACUGGAAUAUAUGGAUACCCAAACCGUCCAGCCGCCAAAGUUGCGCUCGGUACCGUCCGAAGAUGGCUUGAAACAGACAGCAAUGCUGAAAAAGUCGACAAGAUAGUGUUCUGUCUUUUCAUGUCCGUUGAUGUCCAAUCCUACUUGGAACUCAUGGAUCGCUAUUUUCCGCCCGAUGAUUUGCAGAACAAGAGGCACAAGCCGAGCCAUUCAUCAGAGUUCGUAUCGGAUUCAAAUGUGGAAUCGAAUCAUUCGAAGACCCUAUUGUCUACAACGACAGAAGAGGUUGCUCAAGUCGCCGAACAGAAUGAGGACCUCAUUGAUAACGAGAGGGGCUUAAAACUUGUAGGUGAUAACUCCCGGCUAUCGCAAGGGCAGCAAGAUGCGCCAGAUGCCGGAUCUACGCAAGAUGCGCAGGGCAAACAGGAAGAUAUUUUCCAACCGUCACAACGGACUGAGACAAACCCCGAUGUCGAGAGCAGCUCAGCAUCUCCAGCUCAUACUUCCUCUCUGCGACAAGAAGGGAAAGAAGGUGGACUGGAUGUACAAGAAGGAUAAUUAUGCAACAUUUAAACAGAGAUAAGAUAAAUGUUUCCAA